CUGUCUUCUCAGAAUCACUAGACAAAGCGGCAAUACCACACUAGUAGUAAGAUGAAUCAGUGUACACAGACUAUGUAGAGAUUGAAUCAUAUAUAGACGAAAAUACACAGAAAUGGACAGGAAAGGUAAGGCAUUUCACAACUGUUUUUUAUUUUUUUAUUGAAAGAUUCAUUUUGUAUCAAGGACAUAUACACAACAAUGUACAAUGUGACAUUUUUAACCAAACCUGCUCAAAUCACGUAGACUGAGAUCUCUUUAUAUUUCAUUUAUUGGGAUAUAGUAGAAAAUAAUUAACAAUACAUGGAAAAAUAAAUAUUUUUCUUAAUUCAUCAAGCUCUGCUCACUGUAUUACCUUUGUUUAGAAGUGAGUGCGAGCAGUCACAUGGCAGAGUAACAGACCUGGGACAUUAGAGUGCUGCUAACCCAAAACAGACAGAAUUGGGUGGGUGAGGGAGCUAAGUGAUUAAAGUAUCAUUAGAAACAAAAUGGCUAUACAUUUGGCUGUAUGGGUUAAAAUGCUAUUUAAUUUAGUUAUACAAUACAAUUUUUUUUCAGUUAUGUUAAUAACAGGGCUAUUCACCUAACUUGAGAAUUGUUGGGAAUUCACAGUGAGUUUCACAUUUUACACCAAAAUAGCAGAAUUGAAAGCAUAGCGUACUUUGAUCAUUUUUCCAAUCUGACAUUAAAGCUGAAUUCAUUGUGAAUAACUGAUAAUUCUCACUUUAGUUCAUAACACCUUAUGUAUAUUUUAUUGUCUACAAGAAAUGUUUUUAAUUACUUCUAAUAAUCUCCACUGGACAUUAAUUCUAUUAUUAAGUCAUUAAGUAUGUACUAUGGCUUGUUAAUCAAGACGAGACAUUUUUAUUUUAAUAAGAGUUUGAAUUAGUAAAUUCUCCACCCAUUUUCUUACUAAAUAACCAAUAUGCAUGCAUUUACUAUUAUAAAAUUAUAAUUAUUAUUGCCAUAGAAGCUUUUGCCAAGCAUAGUUUGUAACUGUUGGCACCACAGCAUUUUUUAAUUGAAUGUAGUAGUGUAGUGAAAUAGCGCAUUGUAGUGGUUAUGGUGCAAGAAGCGCCCUGGCUUCCUGUGAUUAUAAGUAGUCAAAAUGAGAAUCUUGAAAUGAGAACAGAAUUAGUGCUUGAGUGGGUAACAUGCUUUGAGUGUUCAUUUAAAUUUUAUAUGGAGACAGUCAUUUAAUACUUUUUUUUUUCUUGAACUAUAUGUAUGGCGGUUGUAUCUGUGUACUGUAGAUGAAAAAGAUACAUAUUUUGGUUUAUGUCACACCACAUACACCAUUGCAUUAACUUGUACCUUCCCAACAAUGUUUGUAUAUUUGCUAACAUUUGUUUUGCAGCCUGCAGAUGCUUAGUGUAGCUGUCCUAAUUCUAGGGGCAUCCUUGGGAAAGUGCAUUCCAAGAAAUGCCAUCAUGCUGCUUACAAAUACCCAUAUGCAGACUGUUUCAAUUAUAUUCCAUAUGUGCUAUUUGUAUGCUAUUCAUACAAUUUUGUUGCCAUUUAUCUUCUCAUAUACCUACCAUAUUUUAUCAUAUGCCAUGAUAUACUCCAGCAAAUCAAAAAAGGAAGGGACCAGGCACACCAAAUCACUUCCAGCAGCAUUCAAUAGGGACACAGAUAAACGAUUUUGCUUACACAGUAGUCUUUCUCGGCUUGUUGUGUCAGCCAAACAUUGAACAUUCGUUCUUAAACUUUCUUUAUUUCAUGCAAAUGCAUGUGAUUUGGUGUGUCUUGUCCCUUCCUCCAUUGAUUUGCUGCUUGGGGGUUUGGUUGACCUAGACCAGCCUUCCCCAAACUCCGGCCCUCCAGAUUUUGCUGAACUACAACUUCCAUGAUUCUAUGAAUGAAAUAGAUAGGCUGAGAAUCAUGGGAGUUGUAGUUCAGCAACAUGUGGAGUUUGGGGAAGCCUGACCUAGACCCUUGAGCUCCCUGUUCCUCAUAUUAAGUACAGUAUCAGGAAAAAUAAUGGUGUGGGAUUUUAAAAAAAUUGGUAAACUCGCAUAACUACAGAUACAUUCUAACACAAAUAUACAAAAUCUAAUUCUCUCUUACCCACUUGAGAACCAUAUUUCCUUACAUGUAUGUAACAGUUAGGGUACAGGUUGAGAGUUGUUCGUGCAUUAUCUGCAUACAUGUAUGUAUUUGUGUUCGUGCCAUAUGAGUACAUAUGUGUCUGUGAGUGAUCAAGAGAAUGUAUCACUUUAACGAGCCAGGCUGAUACUCUCAGCCUAUCACUGACUGCCCAUUUAAAGAAACAGUACUUGCUGUUACUCACAGUGAGCGGCCAGUGAUAGACUGAAAGCCUCAGCUCAGGGUCUCAGUCUAAAACCGGCUCCCAAGGCAAACCUUGCGAAUCUGCGCAGUGACCACAAAGAAAGACAGAGAACAAACAGCAGAUUAUUCAGGUCAGUUAUAAACCAAAUAGACAUUACUCUUCAACCACUGUUUGGUGGGAAAAAAAUUUUAAGAAAAUGUUAAACUGUGGUAAAAUGACAUCAGAAUUUUAGGUGCUGAAACCUCUGUGUUAGAAAGUUUAUCAAACUUUUUAUUUUUUUAUUGCCCAAUCUGUUGCUAUUUAGUUUGCACUAUUUAGAGGUAGCUUAUACUUUUUUUUUUUUUUUUUUUAAAUAUGUUCCCUUUUGCUUUAGAUUACUAUUUUUUUAAUACCAUAAAAUGUACAAUAAUUCCUGUGCCAGGACAGUCUCCUCUCAGCAAAUAAUCUCCCUCUUCUGUAGUAUUCUUAUGGAUUUGGUUCUAAUAGUUAAAAACAUUGCAUUCCUAUGCCACUUGCAUGACAAUCCCAGGAAUGCUAACUCAAAGCUUCUCUAAGAGUGCAUUGCCGCGUUCUGUGCCAUAACGGAAUGUGAAGACCAUCAAAAAGGACAGGUUGCAAGGAGAAACUGUCUGGCAGCCACUUGAGGUGAAUGUUUGGCCAAAUGUAAAGAUUGUUUUCUUAGAACUAACUAGGUUUUUUUUUUUUUUUUAUUGUCUGAGAAAAUGGAUAACAUCUACGUCUAUGCACCAAAACCACUGCAUUAAGUUGUACUGGUUUUGCUGCUUUUUUGCUACUUUAACAUUUCCUGCCACCUGCAAAACACAUCACUGUGGUUUUUCAUUGUUUGCCUCUUGCACCCACAUUUACUUCCGUGCUAAAACUCAUUAUUAUACCAUUGUAACAUUUUUACAAUGUUCAACUUUAACUGACAUCUUGUAAUAUUGCAUUUAUACACAUAUGAUCUUCCAUUAUAUUAAUAUGUAUUAGUGAUAUUUUAAACUGACUGGAAUGUUUGCAUUUCACACAGUUUAUUCGUUUCACUUUCCUUAUUGUAUCUACAGUGUCUUUAGGUGAGGAUUUGACUCUCACUCUAAGUGAAUUCGAUGACGCCCUGCAAGACUUCUCAAGAGGUCCCAGAGACUCUGAAGACCAGUUACGUCAACUGAAGUUACAGCAUCUAGCAUCUUGUAGUAAUGGCAACAGUGAUACAGACAGUGAGUAAAUAUAGGACUCCGAAGUCCAAAGAGUAGAUUUUUUUCCUGAAUAUGUUUAAUAUUUGGAUAUGUAUUUAACUAAUUUGCCAGGGCAUUCUACAUACUAAUUACGUUUUGUUCCUAUUAGGUGGAAGCUCUUCAGUGGUGGGCAGCUUAAGUGCCAGUGAAGAAAGCCUAAAUCACUCAAUAACCAGUUCAAAACACCAAACCAACGGUAUACUACUACUGAAUAACAUUUAUGCUAAAUGACCAUAAAAAAAAUAAAAAAAUCUUCAGGCCUCUUUAUGUCUUUAUCUAUCUUUUACAUUAGUUGAGUGCUAUUUUUAAAAUGAUUUAUUCUUAAUGGCAAAGCACUGAAAGUUCCAUACAAUCAGAGUUAUAAUAAAUAUAGCAAGAUAAUUUGACAAAUGAUCGAUAUAGAUAAUAUUAAUAAAUGUAGACCAGGACUGAAACCAAAAGAGAGAAAAAAUGGAAUAGGUCUUAUUAGUAUCUGUAAGCCCACUUCCUCAAGGUCCCCAGGCGUCCCAAGUUUUGCAGUACACAUUAUCCAUUUGUCUUUAACCCCUUAAGGACCAAACUUCUGGAAUAAAAGGGAAUCAUGACAUGUCAGACAUGUCAUGUGUCCUUAAGGGGUUAAUUUGAUUAUCAGAUAUUUUAAACAGAACAGAGCAAAAAAUGGAGGGGGAUAACAAGAACAAGGGUUUAUAAUCACCGGCUUGGAAUUCAGCUUGUUCUACUGUUUGUUCCAUAUGUUAUUCAUCCCAUUUCUGCUGCCAUCUAGGACUUCCACAACAAUUCUUUAGGUUAAUGUCUUACAUUCUACCGUCUGCCAAGACAUCUUAUGACACUGUCUUCACAAAUAUUCUUUUGACUCAGGCCCAGUUGCUUAACCUCUCAGUUAAUAGGUCCAUACACUCCAUUGCAAUGUGUCAUGACAGUGUUAUUUUUUAUAUUAACUUUCUUUAUUUCAUAUAUUGCCAAAUAAAUAUUUAAUUACGAUUAAAUAUAAAGUAAAGGUUUCUCAGUAGGGCAUGUGGGAGGAUCUACUAGAUUUGGAUGCAUCAGGUAAUCUAAAAGAAGGUUGAAUCAGUUAAGCAACAUCUCACAAAUUUAGAAUUUUUACUUUAGUAAGUAUAUUGACCUAUGUUUGGCAAGUAUAGCUGUAUCUUUCACUGUUUGGGGUAUUAAUGUAAUAUAAGCCUAUAAGUGAGCAUUUGGAAAGUUGUCCUCUUUGAGAAUAUUAUUGUAGAGCCAUAGCAGGAAAGAGAAUACAUGAAAAAAAAGAGAUUUGGAAACCAUUAGGUCCCAAGGACUUAUUGGAUUUGAGGAGAUGACUGCAACUGAUAUUUCUGAAUUAUUAUAUUUUUAGUUAAAAUAGAUUAAGACAUGGCGAUUUUACUAUAUAAGUUAGUAUUAGUGAAAGUAUGGAGAUUAGGCUGUUUAUAGACAGAGUAGAAGAGGUGAAAAUAUCACUGAUGUGAAUUGUAAAGGAAAUAACUAGUCCCUAACGGUCAUUAACUAUCAGAGCAGGAGUAGAGAGUGAGUUUGGCCAAUUUCCCAAGCUAAGGGGAAUCCAUUUUAUUGGAUUUCCCCAUAAUUUCUGUUUAGACCACAACAAAGAUUCACAUACUUAAUUUAUAAAGAGUGCUAUUUUUAACUGUCAUGCUUAAUGUUGUAAUGAAGGCAUGUGACACUUUAUUUAGUGCUUAGUUCUUGAUUUUGUAGACAGUUUCUGCUUGCUGAUGUAGUUCCUCCUUUCCUUUAAAUAAUAAGUAAUCUGAAUAAUUUAUCUUGUUAAAUUUCAUUUUAAUAACUUUUUUUGCUUAUAGUUAGAAUUCCCUAUGCAGUUUAUAUUAAAGGGUUAAUCCAACGUUGCAUGUUUGUGCCAGGAAGCGGUAGACGUGACUUAGGCAACCAAGAACUGUUCAUGAGUGCCUAAUGUCAAUUUUGGGCAUAUUUUAUGUUUCUCCUGCCCAUCCCUUUGCCAGGUUAGAGUACACACAUACGCUCUGAGCCAGCUAAAUAGUCCAAUUGGACCAAGCUUCGCCCGGCACUGGAUUAAGGCACGUAAAACUUUUUAAAAUUGGUUUUGUAUAGAUAGUGAGGGGGAGACCUAAAGAAUAAUGCUUAGUAGGGUAUUAUUCUUUUAAAAAGUGUUUUCAAGUGUUCUCGACCCUCUGUUUAGUAUGUGGACCCCUACUGUUGUCAUUGUGGAUGGAUGCAACUUGUGCAAUGAAUAAAUAUAAUCCCAUCUGCUGGUUUAACCCCUUAAGGACACAUGACAUGUGUGACAUGUCAUGAUUCCCUUUUAUUCCAGAAAAUUUGGUCCUUAAGGGGUUAAAGAAAAUAUGUGUGAACAGAUCUGUAUUUUUUUUGUUUGUUUUUUGCAAUUGUUGUUUUGUAAUUUUUGUAAUGUUUUGUAAUUUGCAGCAAAGCUUGGUGACACAAGAGAGCUAGAAGAUUUCAUUGCUGAUCUGGAUAAAGUUCUUGAUGGUGAGUUCUCACAAGCUUAACCUGCUGAAACAAUUUAUUUUGACAUGCUGUAUUAGUAUUUCAGUUUUUGCAGUGAAGUAAAAUAAAAUACACACAUGACCGGUGUAUAGUCGCCAUAUGGGCAGUCGGACUCCAGGACAACCCUCCCACAUACCUAACCCAAUAAUGCACUGACACUCGGGUAUAUGGGAAAAUUUGUCCACAGCUUUAUUAAACAAUCUGAAUAAUAAUAACCACAUAUUCAACAUAACAUAAUAAUAGUAAUAAUUUAACAAAUAAACAUGGGUCAUUGCCCCCCAUACUCCGCCCUCGCAUCCGAUUCCUUCUGUUAAUAUAAAAGGCAAUGACCCCCAUUUAAAUAACACAUAUAUAUAACAUAUACCAACAUUAUUCCAACAUACCAACUUAAAGUGCCAACAUAAAUUUAACCAUGGCAGGGGUAUACCUGGAUACCCCUACCCCACCAGGUUCUGAGCCACCGACAGGACUCGAAACCUACCAACCACCAAUGACCACAGUUUUCCAUAUCUGUCACGUUCAUCCUAGGGAGCCUAUUCCUUCUCCUUCAGCUCCCUAUCCCGCCGCUGUGAAAAAACGGGAUAUCCCCUAACCAUAAACAAUAUCUAUAGGGAGGGUGGGCGGGACAAACUUGGUCAGGUAGGAAAUUAGAAGUGAGCUCAGUUAAAAUGGCUGCCUAUUUAAAUAGCCCAGCCUACUUACCCAUAACUCCAUACUUCCUUCCCUCCUCCUAUGCCCGCCUCCUAACCCCUGUCAAGGCCCUUUUUCGCUUAGCUGUGCUUUGGCUACAUGGGGCUACAAUACACACUUAUUACCCUUAAUAGGGUACACAUGGAGUGGGCAUGCUAGAGUGCUACUGCCCACCCCAUGUGUACCCUGCUAAGGGUUAAUAAGGGUAAUAAGUGUGUACCCUGCUAAAGGUCAAUAAGUGUGUAUUAAUGACAGAUUUUGUGUUUUAGCUGAAAUAAGCUAGGUGAAUUGUUAGUGUAGGACUCACCUAAGAGGUUUGCUUUGACGUGGCAGGUGAGCUUAUAGUUUAAUGGCCAUUGGAGGGAUACUAAAAAACCUCCAGUUAUGUAAAUGGAUAUAGGGAUUUUGGAUAGUGCACAGGUAACAAUUUUGUAUGCUUUUUUUUUUUUUGGCUUUAGUCUACAUUUUAGCCAAAGUCUCUACCUUAGUAUUACUUGCCUAUUAAGUUCUGGGGUUCAAAUCCUGGUCACUGAACUGGAGUCUAAUAUACAUUUGCUGCGAUUGUACUUCAAGGUCAUUUUGGUUUUGGGUCGGGUUUUGAUUCAGUUAUCUUAAUAGUUACCUAUGGUGUAAGUAUUUUUCCUCCAGAAGAAUUUACAACAAUUCAGAGUGUUUACUGGUCCCAUGACUCUGGGUUAUUUUAGUAGUUUUAAAAACUGGAAAUACCAACAAUAUAGGUAUUGGAGCCCUGGCUUCUCUACCUGGCAUGUGCGAAAACAGAAGCCUAAACUGCAGUUGUCUCCAGGUUCACAUGAAGACUUAGACCUCUGCAUGAGUUCACUUCUCUUCCAGUGAGAUGCAGAAUGUGACUUUUCUGAGAAUCCUGGGUAACACGCAAAGUGGACAUUUGGUCCUUUGUGUAAUCUCAGUGGCUUUUGCCUUUAGUUCACUUUACCCUAUGAACCCUAUAGACAAGCAAUCAGAAGGGCUUGUUUGGUAGCUAUUCCUGAUUUUCACCUUCUAGCUGUGCUUGUCUGUAGGCUUAGUUAACGUUUCCAUGGUCAUUUCAGAGUGGUGUCAUCACCUGUUUUGGCAUUUCCUGUACAUACAACGUCACAUAUUAUCAUUGGAUUACUCUUACACACUAUUUUUUAUAUCUUAGCUGAAGGCUUCUCAGAAGGGUGUUGUGUGUGUCACAUUCUAGCCUAGUUAUUAUUAAAGCAGUUUUACACUACAUGCUUUUCAAAGGUAAUGAGUGUUUUGGUUUAAGUCUCUUUCUGGCAUCUUAUAGGAAAAGUGUGUUUUUUCUCAAAAUAAGAAACACAAUUUUACUUGAACCUUACCCCAGUGCGUUUUAACCUAAUUAAACAUGCUAAGAAUCAGCAAGAAUCUUCCUCCUUGCCUGCAGCUGCUUACUACUCUAAAAACAUAAAAAGGCUUUUGUAAAGUUGAUUGGCACGUAACUCCAAAGUCUGCAAUUGUCUCCAAGAACUUAUGGAGCCCUGACAUCCUGUUCAGACUUUACUCCAGUGGAGCAUACAAGAUCUAGCGAACCCAUUCACUAAACAGCAACUUCAAGGCUCACAGAGUUGGUUCCCCUUCAUGGCCUGGACUCCCAAACAUAUAAAUGAAACCAAGAGUGUUGUACUCACCUGAACAUGCAUACAGUAUAAGGGUGCUGCUGCAAGGUCCUGCGCACUCACUCAUUCACUAAACAGCAAUCUUAAAGCUCACAAAAUGUAUGUUCUACGUAUCCUAUAAGCCUUAGGGCAGCGGUUCCCAACCCAGUCCUCAUGUAACCCCUACCAGUCCAGGAUUUAGGGGAUUACCCUGUUGUGUCUAAAAUGUUUUUUGUUUUUUUUCUAAAAACACCUUAGAUACAACUGGGUAAUCCCUGAAUCUUGGACUGGAAGGGGGUACUUGAGGACUGGGUUGGGAACCCCUGGCUUAGGGUAAGGGGAUAGACCAGAGUGCUAGUCAGAGAAAGAUCCUUGCAAAGUAUGGAAUUUGGAUAUUAAUAAAACUUUAUUAUGUCACAGUAUGUGCCAAAGUAUUGCUUCUGAAGUUAUACUUCCUGAAUUAAAUUCAGGGAAGCUUGCCAUAUGCAAAACACUACAACUUCUGUAUAACUGGAUUCAAUCCUUCAAAAAGUCCCUUGUUGUAACUUAUAGCUUCAUUAUAACCACAAUAGAUUUUGAUUAUCAGGUCACAUUAGACAGUGUCCCAGCCUUAAUAUUAGAGUAAGGCUACAUACAGAGGAAACAAAAACAACAAAAAAACAAGAAAAGAAAGGAAAGAAAAAAAGAAGGGAAAAGGGAGAAAAAAAGAGGAGGCAAUAAUACUAAAAAACAAUAAAUCUGAGUAAAUAAAAAUCCAAUAAGUGAAUGGAUAGGUCUACUUAACUAGAUAUAUAAAGUAUAUCCUCUAGAGCACUGGUUCCCAACCUGUCAAGUCCCCUGCCCCCACGCCACUCGCGGCAACCUUGCUUACCUCGUCACCGCAAGCUGUGUCAUCUGGUCCCUGUCUCCAGACUGGCAUGGUGUCUGACGUUGCAUGUUUCAGAGCAGUAUCCUUAUAUGUGUGAUGCACCCGGUCAUGUGACCCGGUACACAGUGAUGACCUCAAAGACCACAAGGGAGGGAAGAAACUCCUACCACGUGUUGUGGUUAACACUAAUUGGAGCUUAGCCAAUCAGACACACCCUGUGUGUAUAUAAGCAAACCUCUCCCUUGCCUCAGUGCCCUGUUGUGGUCUUUGGUUUACCAUUGAGCGUUGCACUUAUUUGGAUUUCCUGGUUACUGAUAUUUGGCUUUGACUCUCGUUAUUCCAUCUCUGUUUCUGUUGACCUUGGCUCGUGUUUUGACUAUCCCCUUUUUGCAUAACCCAACCAUUCUAAGGAUCGGUAUUGCAAUUCUCUUUACUCUAUUCUGUCUGGGUGUUAGGGUUCCCUAGUGAACGUUACACAACCAAAUCCUCAAGUACCCCCUUCCAGUCCAGGAUUUAGGGAUUAUCCUUCUAUAAAGUCCUUAGACACAACUGGGUAAUCUCUAAAUCUGGACUGGUAGGGGGUACUUGAGAAUUGGGUUUGGAACCACUGCUCUAGAGUAUUAGUAAUAAAAGAAAAGUAUAAAAGGAUAAUAAAAAAUAGAUAUACUAUUUAUUAACAUAAAAUCUAUAAAACACACAUAAUACAUAUAUCAUACACAGCAGAAUAUUAACUUUGAGGUAGCAGAAUAGCAGCAGCAAAUACAGCAGUAGCAAGCAUCAACCAACAAUGGUGGAGUUCACUAGUAACUACAAAAUAUAAAGCACCAAUAGCAGCCAAUAAGUCCAAGGUGCAUAAAAGUCCCAAAGGGAAAAUGUAUUAUACCCACUUAGUGAAUGCAGUGGGUGACUCUAUUGAUUGAGGAACCUGUAGGUAGUAAAGUUCAAAGCAGGUCCCUAGGUUAUUCCAGCUACAAGAAUAGAGAGACGGUGUCAAGGUUGCCAAGGAUAGAGAAACAGGGUCCAGGUUGCCAAGAAUAGAGAGACAGGGUCCAGGUUGCCAAGGAUAGAGAAACAGGGUCCAGGUUGCCAAGCAUAGAGAGACAGGGUCCAGGUUGCCAAGGAUAGAGAAACAGGGUCCAGGUUGCCAAGAGUAGAGAGACAUGGUCCAGGUUGUAAGAGUAGAGAGACAUGGUCCAUGUUGUAAGAAUAGAGAGACAUGGUCCAGGUUGUCAGAAUAGAGAGACAGGGUUCAGGUUGUCAGAAUAGAGAGACAGGGUCCAGGUUGUAAGAAUAGAGAGACAGGGUCCAGGUUGUAACAAUAGAGAGACAGGGUCCAGGUUGUAACAAUAGAGAGACAGGGUCCAGGCUGCAAGAAUAGAGAGACAGGGUCCCAGCCUUGUCUAAGUGCAUUCCAAGUAGCCUAUGGUCUGGAGGUCACUUUAUACUAGACAGGAACAUGCUAUUGUCCAAGAUUAUCCCAAACUUGUGCCAGUCUGCAUUCCAUAAUUGUUUAAUUACACGUGAACAGGGUUAGCAGAAAAGUCAAUUUAUGUUGGAUUUUCCUUCAAUAAGAAAAAUAAAUUAUUAAUCUUCCUUCCUUUUUAUUGUCCCACAGAUCUCUGAAAGGAGAAGUUGUAAUUUCAGAAUGAAAGUACUACAUCCUGUUUAUUUUAAGACUAAAUAUAAACAUUCCUGCAAAAACAUCUCCGUUGAACUCUCUAUGAUGUUGUGGACUUCAAUAGACAUUUUGAGCCUGCUUUAUUAAUGAAUUUAUUUUUUUCACAUUUUCAGCCUCUCUCAGUUACAAAGUUAUUAUGUAUGUAUUAUAACAAAAAUUAGAUAUAUUUUAUAGCACUAAUAUACUGCACUAAGAAGGAAGUGCUUUUUUGUUGCGAAUGGAUGCGUAAAUGUCUUAUAUGUGGAUAUGUGUGCAUGUUAUCCAUGGGAGUUGAAGUGAUAUUUUGGCUGUUGUACUUCAGAAUUCAAUAAUAUAUAUUUUUUUUUAUUAAAAUGCACAAAAUAAUCUAAUGGAAUGAAUUAUAUCACCAUUAUGUAUUCACUGUACAGCACAUUUCAUAAGUAUUCACCCUGUUGGACAUUUCCACAUAUUGUGUUGUUAAAAGCUGGAAUUAAAAUGGGUUUAUUGGGAUUUGUAUACAUAACGCAUUGAAUUUAGUUCUGUUCUCAUCAAAUAAGAAAACAAAUUCUACAUGUGCUGUGUUUCUUACAUGCCAAGUGGCAUACUUUAACUUGGACUCUCAUAUGGGUUUUUUCCCAUUGAAAUUGCUUCAUCUAAUCACCUGUUUAUGAAGUCUAGCUUUGUGAUGCCUCACAGUUGUCCCAUUGAUGAUGUCCUCUACCUUGUUGAUCUUGUAGGUCUCUUGGGCUUCUUCAGAAUUGUCAUUGGCCUCUUGUUUGCUUAUUUGACGAAUGCCCUCUUUACCGGACUACUGAGUGUUCAAAAUAUUGGAUAUCUUUUUAAAUUUCAAAGCUUGACUGUUGCUUCUCCAGAACUUUAUUCCAGUCUUGUUGAUAGUUCUUUGUCAUCAAUCAUUAUGCUGUUUGUCUGGAUAUGCUCUCUAACAAACAGUUGAACCUUCAAGAAACAUGUGAAUAGGUUUUAGUGACAAGUUAAUUGAACACAAGUGCAGUCCUUUCAACUAAUCCCAUGACUUCUGAAGAUAAGUGGGGCUUUAAAGCAACAAGGUGAAUAUUUAUUCAAAUGGCAAAUGCCUUUUUUUAAAGUAAAUUCUGUGUCACAGCAGAUAAAUACAUUGCAAUUUCAAAGUGUUUGUGCAGUCGUAUGUAAGUUUUUCUGUGUUUGAGUAUGUUUGUUCUUUUCUACGGCCGCUAAAACGGCACAGAAUAGACAAUAUGUCACUCCAGUUUCUGUAAAAUAGAUUUUUAUUUUUUUUUCAAGAAAAAGAAUAUGAUGCAACAUAUAAAAGAUGUAUAAUGUUUAAGCAUGUAUUAUAAGAAAAUAGUGCCAUUCAAAAUAUAGACAUCCAUAAAAAGCUUAAUGUCUCUAGAACGCCACAUUUGGGAUUAUUUUUUAUAAUACAGGUUAUCCUAUAUUAUGUAGGAUUUAAUAUUUUUAAAAUGUGACCAUAGUGCAUAGAAGUAGAGUUUAAAACAUGACAGUGUAUAAUGUAACAUCCAUUGUGAAUGUCUUAAUAAAAGAGGCCAAUAAUAUUUGUUCAUAGUGGUGUGUUGUUUCCUUUAUAUUCCUUGUCUCAUUAUAUAUUUAUAAUAGACUUAAGUGGAGUUAUAAAUGCU